AUGAACUCUCUGCGGCCGGCAUGCUUGCUCUUUGCGCGUACAACGCGGGUCCGUCAGCCGUUUCAGCGCCUUGAUCCUCUCAGACACAUUCCUCGCGCUCGGGGACACGAUCCAUGGCAACAUAAUACACUAUCGUCGCAGUUACGACUAUUCUCGCAACUCGCGCCACGUCGUGAGGAGAAUAAGAGCUCACCGGCACGCUCGGAGCCCGCACGGACAUCUCUCCUGUCCCGGCUUCCAUUCUUCCGCUCGGGAUCUGCCGAUGACCCGAAUAGCUCUGCAGCAUCAUUCAAGAAGAUCGUAUCGCUCGCCAAACCAGAAAAGAAACCUUUGCUGGCCGCUGUGGGGCUGCUGCUGAUCUCGUCGACCGUCUCGCUCUCCAUUCCCUUCACCGUGGGACGCCUCAUCGACUACUUCUCAACCCCAAAUCCUUCAAUACCUUAUGGACUAUCAAUAUACGAGGCUUCUGCCAUCUUGUUUGUGAUAUUCACGGUUGGAGGCGCGGCGAAUGCGGGGAGGGCUUUUCUCAUGAAGAUGUCUGGUCAACGGAUCGUUGCCCGCCUCCGGGAGCGAACCUACGCGGCGACUCUGCGGCAAGAGGUCGAAUACGUUGAGCGUGGAGAGGGCGAUGCUUUGUCGAGGCUCAACGUCGACAGUUCGAUCGUGGGCGAGAGCGUAACUCAGAACCUCUCGGACGGUUUGCGAGCUACCGUCCAGUCGUUUGCAGGCUUCGGCGCGAUGUUCUACGUUUCCCCGCAUCUGACACUUCUCGUGUUGGCGCUUGUGCCCCCGAUCUCGUUUGGUGCAGUCUUCUAUGGCCGCUACCUCAAGAAGCUCUCUCAUAGGACCCAAGAAGCCGUCGGCGAGAUGUCCAAAGUGGCUUCCGAAGCCCUCUCCGCACUACGCACAGUCCAAGUGUCCAACGCUGCGCCGUACGAAGAGCAGAAGUUCUCGGAGCGCGUUAAGCGCGUGCUGGAGCUUGCGAGGAAAGAGGCUAUUGCUAGUGGGAUCUUCUUUGGAUCCACGGGCUGGUCCGGAAACGUGGCUUUACUGGCUUUACUCGGUUAUGGAGGGUCGCUUGUCAGCCAAGGCAUGAUCACGGUCGGCGACCUAACGAGUCUGCUCAUGUAUUCGGUCUACGUGGGAUCGGGCCUGCAAAUGCUUACCGGAUUCUUCUCUUCCAUCAUGCGCGGUAUCGGAGCGGGACAACGCAUCUUCGAGCUCCUCGACAGGAGACCGGCCAUUCCACCCGGUGUGGGUGUGGUGUUGCCCCACUGGCGCACCGGCGUUCUCCGUUUCGAGAAUGUCGGCUUCUCGUACCCGAGCCGCUUGAGCAUUGAGGUUCUUCGUGACUUCCAGCUGGAUGUUACUGUCGGAGAGUCGGUUGCCAUCGUUGGUAAGAGCGGUAGCGGCAAGUCGUCUGUCAAUGCUUUACUGCUCCGGUACUACGAUCCGAUCAAAGGCAAGAUCACCUACGACGGUCAAGACAUCCGUGAGUUCACCCCAGAAUCAUGGCGCAACGCCAUCGGAGUAGUCCCUCAAGACCCCGUUCUUUUCACGGGCACCGUGGCGACGAACAUCGCAUACGGUAUGCCCGAUGCACCGCGCGAGGAUAUCGAGGCUGCCGCACGCGCUGCGAACUGCGAGUUUAUUCUCGGACUGCCGCAUGGGUUCGAUACACCAAUUGGCAGGCUGAGCCUGAGUGGCGGACAGAGGCAACGGUUGGCUAUCGCCCGGGCAUUACUUCGCAAGCCAAAGAUCUUGUGUCUGGAUGAGGCGACGAGCGCGCUGGAUGCAGCAAGUGAGCGGCGCGUCAACGAUGCGAUUGAUCAUGUCAUGAGCGAUGGCAAGACGACUUGCCUCAUCGUUGCUCAUCGGCUGUCGACUAUCGCACGCGCUGAGCGCGUCGUUGUUUUGGAGGAUGGUGUUGUAUCUGAGAUGGGCACGUACGCCGAGCUCGUCAAACGCCCCAACUCGCGCUUCCGCGAGCUCAUGGCGGAGCAACUGGCUGCUGCUGAUGCGACAGACCUUGGUCUCAGCUCGGCUCGCUCUGCCGCAAGAGUCGUAGACGAACCUGAUGUUGCCGUCGAGCGCGAAGAAGAGGUAGAUGCGGAGAAGGAAGGCGAGAGUGAGCCUGAGUACGAUGUUGUUGGACGGGAUGAGGCUGAGCGCAAGGAGCGCUCAUGA